CAGCGGCUCCCCGGGCGGCAGCGGCGGUAGCAGCUGGCAACCUCCUCUGCCGCUAUCCCGGGGGUCUCGGGGCACCGAGACAUCUUCGCACCGCCUUCUGGCCAACAACCCGAAGCCACCCGCGCAGAGAUAGGUGAGGAGAGGGCAAGAUUCCGGCUUCCCUGCCCUGAAUGCUUUCACUCCGCCGCUGCCGCCGGGGCGGCCCUGACGCCUGCGAGAGAACUCCUAGGAGCCCAGACGCGGGCGACCGCAAGGACGCUGCAAACUUGCGCGCCGGCGGCUGCCAGAGCGGAGGCUGUCAGAGCCUCCGCUCCGCAGGACCGGGGCUCGCAUUCACGCCCAGAAGUUCAGAGGGCAGUGCAGUCCCAAGACUUCCUGCAGAGGAGGGCGCUUGAGGGGGCGCUAGAAAGCAAGCCCCUCCCGCGAUUCUAGCUCCAGACCCGGGGAGAGGAGAUCAGAGGAGCCGAAAGCAACCGCGGGAGGUGGCCAGGGCAGGGGGCACCUGCUUAGAGCCACGGCUCCCAGCCUGGAAAGUUGCGGAGGAUUGGAGACGGCCCGGAGAACCGACAGACCCUAGCUCUGGCCGCGGGGGGCAGGAGGGGACGGCACCCAAUUGCCACCUCCUUUUUAGCAUAGUAGUUUCUCGUUCGCCAGCGCAGCGAGCUACAAACGGGGGCGCGGCACUCGGCAGGGCGAGCUAGAGGCACAGGGUCCAGCUGUUGAGCCCAGAGAGCUUCAGGGUCUCUGGACUCACGCCUGGCUUGCAGCUCCGUCUCAUUCAGACCGCAGCUAGGGUAAAUCUAGGGAAUCAAGUGCACGCGCGGUGCCCCAGAGACAGGUGGAAGGAGCCCUUCAGGACCAAGGACCGUUUGGAGCCCCUUCCUGUUUGGGGGAAAGCUAAGGGCGAGGCUGGGCCCGGGAGAGUUGGAGAUUAGUACCGACAGCCCUCUCCUUGCGGGAUGGCAGCCUUCGGGCUCCUGUGGCUCCUGCCACUACUGUCAGCAAUAGCCUCGGGCUCCGCGGUCGCGCCUGGCCAUCGCGCGGGGUCACCGGUCAUAGGGCCGCCUCUGCAGCCCCGGGAGCCGCUCAGCUACUCGCGCCUGCAGAGGAAGAGUCUGGCGGUAGACUUCGUGGUGCCCUCGCUCUUCCGCGUCUACGCCCGCGACCUGCUGCUGCCGCCGCCAUCCCUUUCGGAGCCGAGGGCCGGCCGGCCAGAGGCGCGUGGCUGGCUGGCCCUCGACUGCGCACCGCUGCUCAGGCUGCUGGGGCCGCCCCCUGGGGUCUCCUGGACAGCAGGCGACACUUCGCCGUCUCCUGGCACAGUACCGACGCUGUCCAGGGUGCUGAAGGGCGGCUCGGUGCGCAAGCUCCGGCGCGCCAAGCAGCUGGUGCUGGAGCUGGGCGAGGAGGCGAUCCUUGAGGGCUGCGUUGGGCCCCCAGAGGAGGCAGCUGUGGGACUGCUCCAGUUCAACCUCACCGAGCUGUUCAGCUGGUGGAUUCGCCACGGCGAAGGACGGCUGAGAAUCCGCCUGAUGCCCGAGAAGAAGGCAUCGGAAGUGGGGAGAGAGGGAAGGCUGUCCGCCGCAAUCCGCGCCUCUCAGCCCCGCCUUCUCUUCCAGAUCUACGGGACCGGUCAUAGCACCUUGGAGCUACCAACAAACAUGCCUACUCCUCCUGAUUAUUUUUUGUGGAAUCUGACCUGGAUAAUGAAAGAUUCCUUCCCUUUCCUGUCUCAUCGCAGCCGGUAUGGUUUGGAGUGCAGCUUUGACUUCCCUUGUGAGCUGGAAUAUUCUCCUCCACUGCAUGACCUUGGGAACCAGAGCUGGUCCUGGCGCCGUGUACCCUCUGAGGAGGCCUCCCAGAUGGAUUUGUUGGAUGGACCUGAAGCAGAACGUUCUAAAGAGAUGCCCAGAGGCUCCUUCCUCCUCCUGAACACCUCAGCGGACUCGAAACACACCAUUCUCAGCCCGUGGAUGAGGAGCAGUAGUGAGUACUGUACACUGGCUGUCUCUGUGCACAGGCACCUGCAGCCCUCUGGGAGGUACAUCGCCCAGCUGCUACCCCACAAUGAGGCUGGAAGAGAGAUUCUCCUGGUACCCACGCCAGGGAAGCAUGGCUGGACGGUACUGCAAGGAAGAAUCGGGCGCCCAGAGAACCCCUUCCGAGUGGCCCUGGAAUAUAUCUCCAGUGGAAACCGAAGCCUGUCUGCAGUGGACUUCUUUGCCCUGAAGAACUGCAGUGAAGGAACAUCCCCAGGCUCCAAGAUGGCCCUGCAGAGUUCCUUCACUUGUUGGAAUGGGACAGUCCUCCAGCUCGGGCAGGCCUGCGACUUCCACCGGGACUGCGCCCAGGGAGAAGACGAGGGCCAGCUGUGCAGUCAACUUCCUGCUAGUUUUUACUGCAACUUUGAGGACGGUUUCUGUGGCUGGACCGAAGGCACCUUCUCACCCCAUGUGCCCCGGUGGCAAGUCAGGACCCUGAAGGAUGCCUGGUCCCAGGACCACCAAGACCAUGCCCUGUCGCUCAGUACCACUGAUGUCCCCGGUCCUGAAAGUGCAACAGUUACCAGUGCUACAUUUCCUGCACCGAUGAAGAACUCUCCAUGUGAGCUCAGAAUGUCCUGGCUCAUCCGUGGAGUCUUAAGAGGAAAUGUGUCCUUGGUGCUGGUGGAAAACAAAACCGGGAAGGAGCAAAGCAGAAUGAUCUGGCAUGUGGCCACCAAUGAAGGCUUGAGCUUGUGGCAGUGGGCAGUGCUUCCUCUCCUCAAUGUGUCCGACAGGUUCUGGCUGCAGAUGGUCGCGUGGUGGGGGCAAGGAUCCAGAGCCACCGUGGCUUUUGACAAUAUCUCCAUCAGUCUGGACUGCUACCUCACCAUCGGUGGGGAGGACAAGAUGCCCCAGAGUGAAGAACCCAAAUCAAGAAAUCUAUUUGAGAGGAACACAAACAAGGAGCCCAAAUCCUUGGACAGCAGACCAAGGCAUUUGCCUGUCUUCAACCCUACAGUUCACUGGCUGUUCACCACAUGUGGGGCGAGCGGGCCCCAUGGCCCCACUCAGACCCAGUGCAACAAUGCCUACCAGAACUCCAACCUGAGUGUGAUAGUGGGGAGCGAAGGGCCCUUGAAGGGCGUCCAGAUCUGGAAAGUGCCAGCCACCGACACCUACAGCAUCUCAUGCUACGGUGCCGCCGGCGGGAAAGGCGGGAAGAACACCAUGAUACGGUCGCAUGGCGUGUCUGUGCUGGGCAUCUUCAACCUGGAGAAGGACGACAUGCUAUACAUCCUCGUCGGGCAGCAGGGAGAAGACGCCUGCCCCAGUACAAACCAAUUAAUCCAGAAAGUCUGCAUUGGAGAGAGCAACGUGAUAGAAGAAGAAAUUCGUGUGAACAGAAGUGUGCAUGAGUGGGCAGGAGGAGGAGGAGGUGGGGGUGGAGCCACCUACGUGUUUAAGAUGAAGGAUGGAGUGCCCGUGCCCCUCAUCAUUGCAGCUGGCGGUGGCGGCAGGGCCUACGGGGCCAAGACAGACACGUUCCACUCGGAGAGACUGGAGAAUAACUCCUUGGUUCUAGGGCUGAACGGCAAUUCCGGAGCCGCAGGUGGUGGAGGUGGCUGGGAUGAUAACACUUCCUUACUCUGGGCCGGAAAAUCUUUGUUGGAGGGCGCUACUGGAGGACAUGCCUGCCCCCAGGCCAUGAAGAAGUGGGGGUGGGAGACAAGAGGGGGUUUCGGAGGGGGUGGCGGGGGGUGCUCCUCAGGUGGAGGAGGCGGAGGAUAUAUAGGUGGCAAUGCAGCCUCAAACAAUGACCCUGAAAUUGAUGGGGAAGAUGGGGUUUCCUUCAUCAGUCCCCUGGGCAUCCUGUACACCCCCGCUUUAAAAGUGAUGGAGGGCCAUGGGGAAGUGAAUAUUAAGCAUUACCUAAACUGCAGUCACUGUGAGGUGGAUGAAUGUCACCUGGACCCUCAGAGCCACAAGAUCAUCUGCUUCUGUGACCAUGGGACAGUGCUGGCUGAGGACGGCGUCUCCUGCAUUGUGUCGCCCACACCAGAACCCCACCUGCCUCUCUCGCUGAUCCUCUCUGUGGUGACCUCUGCUCUGGUGGCUGCCCUUGUCCUGGCUUUCUCUGGCAUCAUGAUAGUGUACCGCCGGAAGCACCAGGAGCUGCAAGCCAUGCAGAUGGAGCUGCAGAGCCCUGAGUAUAAGCUCAGCAAGCUCCGCACCUCCACCAUCAUGACAGACUACAACCCUAACUACUCCUUUGCUGGCAAGACUUCCUCCAUCAGCGACCUAAAAGAGGUGCCACGGAAAAACAUCACCCUCAUUCGGGGUCUGGGCCAUGGUGCAUUUGGGGAGGUGUAUGAAGGCCAGGUGUCUGGGAUGCCCAACGAUCCGAGCCCCCUGCAAGUGGCUGUGAAGACGCUGCCGGAAGUGUGCUCAGAACAGGACGAACUAGACUUCCUCAUGGAAGCUCUGAUCAUCAGCAAAUUCAACCACCAGAACAUUGUGCGCUGCAUCGGGGUGAGCCUGCAAGCCCUGCCCCGCUUCAUCCUGCUGGAGCUCAUGACAGGAGGAGACCUCAAGUCCUUCCUCCGGGAGACGCGGCCUCGCCCAAGUCAGCCCUCCUCCCUGGCCAUGCUGGACCUUCUGCAUGUGGCUCGGGACAUUGCCUGUGGCUGUCAGUAUCUAGAGGAAAACCACUUCAUCCACCGGGACAUUGCUGCCAGGAACUGCCUCUUGACCUGUCCUGGCAGUGGAAGAAUAGCAAAGAUUGGAGACUUUGGGAUGGCCCGAGACAUCUACAGAGCCAGCUACUACAGAAAGGGAGGCUGUGCCAUGCUCCCCGUCAAAUGGAUGCCUCCCGAGGCCUUCAUGGAAGGAAUAUUCACUUCUAAGACAGAUACAUGGUCCUUUGGCGUGCUGCUAUGGGAGAUCUUCUCUCUGGGUUACAUGCCGUACCCCAGCAAAAGCAAUCAGGAGGUUCUGGAGUUCGUCACCAGUGGAGGACGGAUGGACCCACCUAAGAACUGCCCCGGGCCUGUGUACCGGAUAAUGACCCAGUGCUGGCAACACCAGCCUGAAGACAGGCCAAAUUUUGCCAUAAUUUUGGAGAGGAUUGAAUACUGCACACAGGACCCAGACGUCAUCAACACCGCUCUGCCCAUAGAGUACGGCCCACCUAUGGAGGAGGAGGAGAAAGUGCCCGUGCGGCCCAAAGACCCCGAGGGGAUGCCGCCCCUGCUGGUGUCUCCCCAGCAGGCUAAACCGGAGGUGGAACGUGUCCCGGCCCCAGCUGUGCCACUAGCCCUGCCCACCGCGGCCUCCUCCGGCAAGGCUGUGAAGAAGCCCGCAGCGGGGGUCUCGGUGCAGGUCCCGCGGGGGCCGGCCGUGGAAGGGGGACACAUUAACAUGGCAUUCUCUCAGUCCAACCCGCCGCCCGCGCUGCACAGGGUCCAGGGAUCCAGAAACAAGCCGACCAACUUGUGGAACCCGACUUACGGCUCAUGGUUUACAGAGAAACCUGCCAAAAAGAACAAUCCUCCAGCAAACAAGGAGCCGCACCAGAAGGGCAGCGCGGGCCGCGAGGGAAGCUGUACUGUCCCGCCCAGCGCGGCCGCCGGCAGACUGCCCGGGGCCUCCCUGCUGCUGGAGCCCUCUUCGCUGACUGCCAGCGUGAAGGAGGUGCCUCUGUUCCGGCUGCGUCACUUCCCCUGUGGGAAUGUCAACUACGGCUACCAGCAGCAGGGCUUACCUUUAGAGGCCACCACUGCCCCUGGAGCUGGUCAUUACGAGGACACCACUCUGAAGAACAAGAGCAGCGCCGGCCAGCCUGGGCCCUGAACUCCACGCUGGCUCAGUUCUCUCGGAGAGAGCCCAAGCCCACAGAGGAGGGGGCCGGGGCUCCACCACCAGAGACCAAACGUCACUUUCAUGUUGUGCCAACUUGUUUUGAAGUGCCACAUACAAUGCUGUACAUUCAAAAUGCUUUAGAGAGGUUUUGAGCAUGGGUUCACCUUAUUCUUUCAAAAGAAGAACGUACCCUACAAACAAGGGAUCAAUACACGGCCCGACUGGUGGCAUAAGGUUUUACGCAUGGUUGUGGUCGACUUCCUUAUGCUUCUUUUAAACUGCGUGUGCUCUGCUUCAGUGUAGUAAGAACUAGCUGCUUAUGUGUCUCAUAGUGGAAGUCAUCGUUUCCUUACCUUGCUGAUGUGGACGUGAACAAUUUGAGGGGUGAGGAAAUGGCAAUAAAGACGUGCAUUGUAAUGACUAGCAUGGAGAAAGACAUUCUUUACUUAGAAAAGAAAAAUCAUAAACUACUGAGUGAAACAUCACUUUAGAUGGGUAGAUGCUUCUAAUUGUACUGAUUCAUUGCCAAUUGUAAAAAAAAAAAAUGUCAUGAGUGGUUCCAUAGUAUAGAGAAAAUGUACAUACUGUAUACUCACAUAAAUGGAAUACAUACAUCCCAAGUGCUUUGAGUAGGAUAAAAACUAGUAUAGACCCAGAAUUCACCAACCCUAUUAAUAUACCUCAUGCCUUAAGAAAAUCCCUCUACUAAUAGUGAAAAACUGAGUGUGAGGUUUCCUGCUGAAUUUAAAACUCAAGACUUAAAUUACUUUCAAACUUUCCACUAAUUCACAUCUGAUAGUUAGAAACAAAAAUUCUAAGCAGCAGUAAUACAUCAGAGCAUAGAAACAUAUCCAUCUGUGGGCACAUGUAUCGAUAUAUCUUAAGCCAAAAUUUUCUGACAGUUUCAGUCAUGAACCCCACCAAAUUAAGUUCCUCCUCUCAGUGACAGACAGGGUCACAGGAGGAACAGCCCUUCAGGAGUCCUAGGAAAGUACUAACGCAGUAUCCUUCGUUCUCCUGUCCACUUGUGUUUUCUCUCCCUCAUGUGAUCCUGGUACACUGGGAACACAAAUAUGAUGAAAUAAUCAUAGCGUCAUUGCUGCAGCAACAAAUUUACAUUAAACAAAAGAUUUUCCCCUAGGCAGCAAUGAAGAAAGAGGUUUAGGAGUGCUUGGAGAGUUGGGGUUCACGCUGACAUGUGACAGAGGGGGUUCUGAACCUGGUUUUCACGGAUGAAAUUUAUUUCUAUGAAACUGAACUGGGAACCCAUUAAAUUGUACAUGCACCAA